UUCCCAGCAGGACCAGAAGUUCGUCGGCCCUUUUCUGAGGUGUGUGUCUCAGCAGGCAUUUUGGAAAUCAAAGAUGGGUAGAAAAGAUGCGUCUGCUAUAAAACUUCCUGUUGAUCAGUACAGAAAGCAAAUUGGUAAACAGGAUUAUAAGAAAACCAAACCUAUUUUACGAGCAACCAAAUUAAAAGCAGAAGCAAAGAAAACAGCAAUAGGAAUUAAGGAAGUUGGACUUUUACUUGCAGCUAUCUUGGCCCUCCUCCUGGCUUUCUAUGCUUUUUUUUAUCUCAGACUCUACACAGAUGCUGACCCUGAUCUGGGUUCAGAUGAAGAUUGACUGAGCAACAUGUAUGAAAGGGAAGUAAUUUUUUUUUAAAGCACUUCUUGGGACUAGAAUUUACUGAAGUAUUGAAACCAAACAUCCUGAAUUUUCUUCUACUGCUGUUUGCAAGUUACAGAAAAAUCUUUUGGAAUAGUUGUGCA